GCCUUACAAAACCAAAUUUUAACACAUACAGUCAACAAUACUGCCCCCAACAGGCUGCACUUGGCUGGCUAAAAGCAUCGUGCAAGCUCUCAUGGCUAUUGGUAUGCCUUCUCUCCUCCUGUGCAAGCCUUCUCUACUUACGCCGGCUCACGUUGUGUUGACAACUUACCUUCGAUGCGCGCUCCUGUAUCAAGUACUUCUCUCGCUCACUACUGCAACUUCUCCGUGUGCUGGCAUCUGUCCUGUCCUUGAUGGCUUUCCUCUCGAGCCAGUCUCUUCCUUUGAUGCCAACCUCAGGCUCUCCCUCUGUCUCUGCGCUCGCUGAAUCAGUCGCAUUAUGUGUCUCCCACUCGGAACCGGCUCGAUGUCCAUUGCUUCCACCCUACGGGAAAGAUGCUGGUAAAGAAUGGUGCACACUGGUGACUCGCGGAUGACUCGCAGAUAACAAACCGAUUACGCUGGUGAAACUCUGUAGCAGGCCGGGAUACCGCUUCCAGACGCUGGUGAAGAAUCGGCGAUCAUCGGAACACAAAUAGUGGACGAUGGUGAUCACUGUUGCCUUUACUAUAGCUAUGCAUAAAGAUAGCACGUCCAUUUAGACAUACAUACUAGCAUUCGUCCAG